CUUUUAACCACAAACCGAAUUUGCUUUCAUUUAGGCUAUAUAUAUUUCUUAAAUAGGUUAAAGUCAUAGAGAUUUUUUUUUUGGGAAUAGCACUUCGCCCUGGAGCGGUGCGCAAUGCUAUCUCAUGCCGACCUCCUGGAUGCUCGCCUCGGUGAGUUAUCAUCACCAAACUCCGGUCUUCAACUCUACUGGAUGAAGGAUGCCGCAGCGGAGCUUCUGGGCCACAGGGAGGCUUUGAAGUGCAGGCUCGGCGGAGGGGGACCUGACCCGGGACACUCCGGGGACCUCGGCCCGGGCCCGGACGGCGUGGAAGGGGCCACGAUGCUCCCGGGUGAUGAUAUCAGCAGCGGCGGAGGAUCCAACGCGGUGCAGGUCAACAGCAAAGAGCAAGAGAAGCAGCAACAACAACAGAACAGCAGCAGCAGCAACAACAAUAACAACUCCAGCCAGUCUGGAGGGGGGCAGCAGAGCCAGAGCCAGAAACAGAAGCGGCACCGGACCCGCUUCACCCCGGCGCAGCUCAACGAGCUGGAGAGGAGCUUCGCCAAAACGCACUACCCAGACAUCUUCAUGCGGGAGGAGCUGGCUCUGAGGAUCGGCCUGACGGAGUCCAGAGUGCAGGUCUGGUUUCAGAACCGACGCGCCAAGUGGAAGAAGCGCAAGAAGACCACCAAUGUCUUCCGGGCUCCGGGGACUCUACUGCCGACGCACCACGGCCUGUCUCAGUUUCCGUCCGCCGCGGCAGCAGCAGCGGCCAUGGGCGACAGCCUGUGCUCCUUCCACGCCAACGACACCCGCUGGGCCACGGCAGGGAUGCCCGGCGUGUCUCAACUGCAGCUACCGCCUUCUCUGGGCCGCCAGCAGGCCAUGGCGCAGUCCCUGUCUCAGUGUAGCCUCGGCGCCGGGCCGCCGCCCAACUCCAUGGGUCUAUCCAACAUGUCGAACGGCUCCGGGCUUCAGUCACACCUCUACCAGCCCACUUUCCCCGGCAUGGUACCCGCGUCCCUGUCGGGCCCGACCAACGUGACCCACUCGCCUCAGCUGUGUAGUUCCCCGGACAGUGAAGUCUGGAGAGGGACAAGCAUCGCCUCGCUGCGCCGCAAAGCGCUGGAGCACACAGUAUCCAUGAGUUUCACCUAGGAACGAGGGGCCACAGCGAAGAGCUUUUCUUUCACUCACACAGAUAUCUUCUGCAUUCAGUUCUUAUUCAUCCAAUCCAUCCAAACGGUGCACCGGGAGAAAUACAACCAGGAUACUCGAAAUCGCAGAGCACACCUGGCUUUUAUCUUCCUCACAAAUCACAAACAAGAGGGAACACUGAAGCUAUUUAUCCGGCCUGUUGGCCUUCAUCAAACGUCGGACUGGUUCUGUUUUAAGCUAUAAUUUAUUAUUUCGCAUGUAGCCUAUGGCAACUAUUUAUUUCUCUAUUUAAAUGAACUUAUUUGUUCUGUAUUUAUUUAUUUAUUUAUUUGGCACCUUUAUUGUUGCAGGGCUUUCAGUGACAUUUGCUUGGUGACUGACGUUUUUCAAGACAAAUUCUGUGGAUACUUUGAAAUCCAAAAACUAGGUUGCGGAUCCCUCUUCCACCUGCUGCACAGCGUGCAGGGGCAAAAGGGUUGCACAGUGGACGUGCGGAAACAAGACACCUGGAGGUUUAAAAGAACACGAGAACACGAACGAUUCACCUGAAGAGAGAAGGAAAGUGAUGUGACAGGAAUCAGGACAUCACGGAGGACGACUUGACUGCAUGUGCUGUCCAAUUAAGACAAAUACUAUAAAUUAAGACAUGGAAACUGACUUUAACUAUAAUCUGUUAUAUAUGAUGUUUUGUGUAGCGGAAGCACUCUUGUUCCCAUUUGGUCAGUUUGUGAUAACUUAUGUUUCCAAAAGUAUGUCUGUGCUUAUUAUCAAAUUAUGACUUUCUUAAAUGUUUGAACCAUUUUGUUUCAUGGACAUGUUUAUAUCAAUUCAAUGUAAAUGAUCAAAUAAAAAUCAUUUUCAAUUAUGUCACA